AUGAACAAAGAAUCCUUGCCAUCAUCUCCUCGAAUCCGGCAGCGCAGGCGUUCCAAGUCACUUGAGGUGUUUCCUAAUGGAAGCAGAUUAAAUGGGGAGCACUUGCUUAUGAACGACCAGAAUAAAUACAGAUCCAUGUGGAUCCGCACGUAUUCAUCUUUAUGGAUGCUUGGAGGUGUUAUACUCAUUCUGUAUUUUUUCUUUACCGCAAUGCUUUAUGUUUAUGGCUGCAUUCUCAGUCAGCAUCUUGUGAAUACUGUGACUUCGGAUAAGUUCUUCUACAGACUUGUGAAUGGCCUUAUCAAAUAUCACAUGGUCAUUUGUUACUUCUUAUAUAUUGCAGGAAUGAUGUGGUUCAUUCUUACUCUGAAGAAGAAGAUGUAUAAGUAUCAAUUUGGUCAGUAUGCAUGGACGCACAUGAUCCUUAUAGUGGUGUUCACUCAGUCUUCUUUCACUGUGCCUAAUAUAUUUGAAGGAAUUUUCUGGUUUGUUCUCCCGGCAUCUCUUAUAGCAAUAAAUGACGUGGCCGCGUACCUCUUUGGCUUCUUCUUCGGGAAAACGCCUCUAAUCAAGCUAUCCCCCAAAAAGACAUGGGAAGGCUUUAUUGGAGGUUCUGUAGCUACCGUUUUGUCUGCAUUUCUGCUUUCAAAUUUUCUUAGCCAGUUUCAAUGGAUGACAUGCCCAAGAAAGGAUCUAUCAACAGGUUGGCUCAACUGUGAUCCUGGGCCGAUUUUCAAGUCAGAGUAUUAUUCAUUUUCUACUUGGCUGCCUCAAUGGUUCCCAUGGAAAGGAAUAGCUGUCUCGCCAGUGCAGUUGCAUGCUUUAUGCCUAGGUUUAUUUGCAUCGAUAAUAGCGCCUUUUGGGGGGUUUUUUGCUAGUGGUUUGAAGAGAGCUUUCAAGAUUAAGGAUUUUGGUGAUAGUAUUCCAGGGCAUGGCGGCUUUACAGAUCGUAUGGAUUGCCAGAUGGUGAUGGCCAUAUUUGCCUACAUAUAUUAUCAAUCUUUUGUUCUACCUCAAACUAACUCUGUCGAGAUUAUCUUGGAUCAGAUAGUAAGAAAUCUGGGAAUUGAAGAGCAAGAAAGACUAUACACGAUGCUAGGCCAAAUAUUCAGAGAAGAAUAUGGUAGUCUUUGA